CGCCUUUUCGGUGCAAAAGAUUUCCCCUCGGGAAGAGCAGAGCACAUUUUCCUUUUCCUCCGUGGAGUGGGGGUGGCAACGGAAAGACGGACUCCAAUCCCAGGACUAGAGGAAAGCAGCAGCGAGGAAAGAGAGGGAAAACAAUGGAGACAGAGUGGCCGCUGCUCUUUUGUGUGUUGGACUGGAGAUUCCUUCGAGCUAGAAUUAGCAGCACGGAAAGAGAGCAAUAACCAGGAAGCAGCCCGCGGCAUUCCCUCUUCCUUGCGCCUUUCCUUGUAGCGAUUGUUCCUUUCUUCUUGGGGGUGCUUCGCUCUUGCUCUUCUUGGCACGCAAAGAAUCGCUGGUCUUCUGGCUCCCCGGCUUGUUCCACUACACUGUUGUUCGUGGACGGCUUGUUCUUGGCCGCCUCUGCCUGCUUUCCUUGCGUUUUCUUGUCCCUUUUUUGAGUGGAGUCGCAGUGGAGUGGAGUGGAGUGGAGUGCAGUGAAUACUUUUAUUUCGUGAGAGGAGAGAAGAGAAGGGUAGGAGGAUGGCCGGAGGAGGGGCGGCGCCGCCGCCGAAGCAAGAGGAGCUGCAGCCGCACCCGGUGAAGGACCAGCUGCCCAGCGUGUCCUACUGCAUCACAAGCCCACCGCCCUGGCCUGAGGCCAUCAUACUUGGAUUCCAACAUUACCUUGUGAUGCUGGGCACAUCUGUCAUCAUACCGAGCGCUCUUGUUCCCCAGAUGGGAGGAGGAAAUGAGGAGAAGGCUCGGGUGAUUCAGACGCUGCUGUUCGUCGCCGGCAUCAACACCUUGUGCCAGUCAUUCUUUGGGACUCGUCUUCCCGCGGUGAUGGGUGGAUCCUACACCGUCGUCGCGCCGACCAUUUCGAUCAUUUUGGCUGGCCGUUACAGCAAUGAAGCAGACCCUCAUGAGAAAUUCUUGCGAACCAUGCGAGGAACACAAGGCGCUCUCAUCAUUGCAUCGACGAUUCAGAUCAUACUUGGUUUUAGUGGCCUCUGGCGCAAUGUUGUCAGAUUGCUAAGUCCAUUGUCUGCUGUUCCUCUGAUCUCACUUGCUGGAUUUGGGCUCUAUGAACUUGGUUUUCCAGGGGUUGCUAAGUGUGUGGAAAUUGGGCUCCCAGAAAUCGUUCUAAUGCUCAUAUUUUCUCAGUAUUUACCUCAUGUUAUUCAUGUGGCAAAGCCUGUGUUCGACCAGUUUUCUGUAAUUUUCACCAUUGCUAUAGUAUGGCUAUAUGCAUACAUUCUCACGGCUAGUGGUGCAUACAAGAAUGCCCGAACGAAGACACAAGUGCAUUGUCGUGUUGACCGCUCUGGACUUAUUGGUGGGGCUCCUUGGAUUAGUGUCCCAUAUCCUUUCCAAUGGGGAGCUCCAACAUUUGAUGCUGGUGAAUCUUUUGCGAUGAUGAUGGCCUCAUUUGUUGCUCUUGUAGAGUCAACCGGUACCUUCAUUGCUGUGUCAAGAUAUGCGAGCGCGACUAUGAUACCUCCCUCAGUUCUUGGUCGUGGCAUUGGUUGGCAGGGCAUUGGUACUUUACUGGGUGCAUUUUUUGGAACAGCUAAUGGGACUGCAGUGUCAGUUGAAAAUGCUGGUUUACUUGCUUUGACACAUGUUGGCAGCCGGAGAGUAGUCCAAAUAUCUGCAGGCUUUAUGAUUUUCUUCUCGAUCCUUGGGAAAUUCGGAGCACUCUUUGCGUCAAUUCCACUGCCAAUAUUUGCUGCCCUGUACUGCAUUUUCUUUGCAUACAUCGGCGCCUGUGGCCUCAGCUUCCUUCAGUUCUGCAACCUGAACAGCUUCAGGACCAAAUUCAUCGUGGGGUUCUCUCUCUUCAUGGGCCUCUCAGUUCCCCAGUACUUCAACGAGUACACGUCCGUGGCGGGUUAUGGCCCGGUGCACACCGGCGCGCGAUGGUUCAACGACAUGAUCAACGUGCCUUUCUCGUCGAAGCCGUUCGUGGCGGGGCUGGUGGCGUUCGUCCUGGACAGCACGAUCCACCGGCGCGACGGCACGGUGCGGAGGGACAGGGGCUACCACUGGUGGGACAAGUUCCGGAGCUUCAAGACGGACAGCAGGAGCGAGGAGUUCUACUCCCUGCCGUUCAACCUCAACAAGUUCUUUCCCUCCGUGUGAUCCGCAUGGCUGCUUGCAGCGUCUUUCUUGGCCAUGGCUCGGACGGAAGAAGAAGAAGGAGCAGUCGGUCCAGUCCUGACGAUGUUGGGUCCAUAAUUUUGUAUAUUCUGUGGGGAACUUUACCCGUUCCGUUCCAGGGGAAUUUCGACGUGUCCCGUGUCCGGUUGCAUCUUGGUUCAAAUGUUCAAUGCGAUAGAUCAUGGCUGUUGACCCAUUUGUCCCUUUUUGUAAUAUUGUAGAUCCAUGCCAUUAGAGCUUUCUUGGCCUAGAAGAAUACCCAAUGCUAAUGCAU